AGAAAAUGAUUAAAUAUACGAAAAAAGACUUUUGUUAUUCUCUCAUUACCUAUAUGACUAUUGUGAAUGUUUAAUUUAUAAUAAAUAUACUUAUUAAAUGUAUUUAAUAUUUUUGAUAUUUAGAUAAUAACGAAUUCAGUGAUUUCAAUAUUAAUUUCCUUAUAAUGACUGUUACAUAUUCUUUUAAAAUUGAAAAUGUUUCACAAAGUUUGUUAACUCUGUAUACAGUAGUAGUAGUAGUCAACAAUUAUUUCGACUGUUCCUAGUGAUGUAUAAUAGAAAUGUAUAAUCUUGAAGUGAAUUUUGUACAAGAAAAUUCCCCUUCCAAUAUGAAUAAAUCAGUGGAAAAUUUACUGAUAUCAAGUCACGAUGUUAUCAGCAGUAUUAAUUCAUCAUCUAUGGUAGGACAGAAUUCUACAGGAAGCAAAGGAAAUGAAAUUCAUUCAGAGAAUGAUCAUGAUAUUCCCUUGUCUACAGAUCACGCUAAUAUUAUUCCAAGUCCAAAUUUAUCUCCUAAAUCCAGUCCACAUAUUUCCGCUAUACAACUUGACUAUUUAAAGGAACGAAUUGAUUUGAAUUCACCAAAAGAAUCAAAACUCUCAAAUAGGAAAGUUCAACAACUUUCGCCAGAUGAUUCUGAGAAAUAUUUAUCUCAAAGUGGCAAGAAGCAGGGCAGAAGUUCAACUCGUAGUAAAAAGAAAUCGUCCUGGUAUAAUCUUCUUUAUCCAACUUAUAAAUCGCGUUCAGAAGACUUUAAAAGAAUUUUUAAGGAUAUACCAAAUGAAGAAAGACUUGUUGUGGAUUAUUCGUGUGCAUUGCAAAGAGAAAUUCUAGUCCAUGGCAGACUGUAUAUAACACAAAAAUAUAUUUGCUUUUACGCCAAUAUUUUUAUGUGGGAAACCUUGGUAUCAUUGCGUUGGAAAGACGUGACAUCAAUUACAAAAGAAAAAACCGCUCUCGUCAUUCCAAACGCAAUUUCGAUUUCUACUGAUAAUGAAAAGUAUUUUUUAACUUCAUUUGGUGCAAGAGACAAGGCAUACUUGAUGUUAUUUCGUAUUUGGCAAAACGCACUCAUUGGAGAGCCAAUGGGAAUGGCUGAAAUGUGGCAACUUGUGCACACGUGCUAUGGAGAUGAAUUGGGUCUAACUUCCGAUGAUGAGGAUUAUGUUCCACCACAAGCAAGCGAUGAAAAAUUAUCAACUCGUUUGUCGCUCGAUUCGUUUUCGGAGUCGGAAGGAUUCAAAUCGGAAAAAGCAGAAUCUCCAAUAAGUAUUGAUGUAGAAACUCAUUUAAAGCUCGAAUCAUCUUCUAAAGCAGAAAUAGCACUUGAUCCCACUGAUCUUAGUGACACAACAGAAAGUGAUGUUGAAAAGCAGACUGUAAAAUUACCUAUCCAUGCAGUGUGCACUUCUCCUCACGAAGGUCGACAACUUGUUAAUACAACUUUGCCCAUUCACAUAGAUCAACUGUUUACUCUUCUUUUCACAAAUUCCAAAUUCUUUUUAGACUUUCAUUCUGCAAGGAAAACCACAGAUCUCGUUCGAUCUGCAUGGACGCAAAAUCCAGAAUCAGGACAGAAAAUAAGAACAGUCACACUGACAAUGUCUUUAACACAAUCAGUUGGCCCGCGAUCUUCUCAAGUCACUGAGAACCAGGUAAUGCUUCCAUGUAGUAGGCCAGGUCAUUUGUAUUCUAUAGAUGUGGAAAGUUCUAAUGCUGGAAUUCCAUAUGCUGAUUCCUUUAGUGUAGAAAUUCAUUACUGCUUGACGAGCUUGGCGGAAAAUGAAACAUGUCUCGCUGUAUUUGCUCAAAUAAAGUACAAGAAAAACGUUUGGGCAAUUGUCAGAACUUUCAUUGAGAAAAAUUGCUGGGCUGGUUUAGAGGAAUAUUUUAGUAGUUUAAUAAAAGCAAUAAGUGUUGAGUGUGAGGAGAAUAAUGCUGGAUCUGGAGGGGGUCCGAAUGGACUUAAAAGGAAAGCGAGAAGAAGAAGAAGAACUGCUAAUGCAGGUGUCUCUUUACAAACUCACGCUCCUGAUCUUUUAUCUAAACACGUUUCAAAUACUGUGGUCUUGCCGCAUAAUCAAGUAUCAGACCUGAGAAGUGAUGCAAAUGCUAUUCUUAGUUGGGUUCUUUUAUUUGCAAUUUUAUGUUUAACGGUUAUCAAUGCCCUAUUGUACUAUAAAUUGUGGGGUUUAGAGGAAGCUGCUACUUACACUGUCAUGGACAUGCACAUUUUAAAGAAUACACCGAAAACGGAGGAAGAAUGGAUAAACUUAUUGCAACAGCAAGAGAGUUUGCAUAACGUAGAAAUGAGAAAGUGGCAAAGGGUCCUCCAUACUGCCGCUCAAUUAUUAAGACAGACCGAAGAGUCACUGACGGAACUCCAAAUGAGCAUGCAUCCAACAGCGACAGAAAAAAUGUUCUCAAUAUUGAAGCCUGGAAUUAAAACAAGAAAUUCUGAAAACCAAUAAGUCUCAACUACAUUUUUUUCAUUUAUAUAUAAUUUCACAAAUGAUUAAUUAAAAUUAAUUAAUUCAUAACUUGAGCGAUUCACUUCCAAUCUAAAAAAUGUUCUUACUUGUUUUCAUAACUUGAAUGCAGGAUAUUUUUUAGAUACAAAUUGAGUGUAAAAGUAAAAUAAGCAAAAGGCAAGUUUGUGUUGCUCAUAACACAAAGUAUGCGACAACCUCAUUUGUUUCUUCAAUAAAUAUUGUAAAUUAGUUUAAUUAAACAUUUUAUAAGAACUUGCCAUUUUCAUUUCACCAAUUGCAAGCUUUUUAAGCAAAUAAAUUUUGCAAACAAAAAUUUAAGACUUAAUAAAACAAAAUACGCGUUUAUUACCAACUUGAUAAAAGUAUUGAAUAUAAAAAAGAUAAAUAGAGUGUAUAUACAUAAUAAUAACAACAACAACAACAACAACAACAACAAUAAUAAUAAUAAUAAUAAUGUAAUACAUUUUAAUUGCUCUAUUUGUAUAUAAUGGAAUAAUAAUUAAAUAUAUAAUAUUAUUCAUUAUACACAUUAAAUAUUAAAAGUAUUUUACUUUUAAUGUUUUACAGAAUGUAAGUACCUAAUUAUUAUUAAAUAGUAAUGGAGCAAACAAAUUGUAAAAAUAAUAUUAAUUGAAUGGUAUUAUUAUAUAGUAAUUUUAAAUGAAUAAUACAAACAUAUAGAUAAAGUGCAUUAUGAAUUUGUAAAUUAAACAAGAUUAAUGAAACAAUAUUGCCAGUUUUAGAGCUUUGCGUACGUCAAAAAUAAAAAAUUGAUUCUUAUUAAA